AUGUCGCCAGAGCCAGCGGCGAAGCGUGCGAGCUCAGGCGGCGGCCACGCCGUCGCCUUCGCGGGCGACCGUCUAAGCGACCUGCCGGACGGCCUCCUCCACGCCGUCAUGUCCUUUCUCCCGGCCCCGCAGGUCGUGCGGACGAGCGUGCUGUCGCGGCGGUGGAGGGACCUCUGGCGCUCUACCCCCUGCAUAAGCAUCGAAGAGCGCGACUUCGAGAUUACCACUGGGAGCGGGGCAGGGGGUGACCUCGACGAGCGGCAGGAGAGAUGGCGCAAGUUCGAGGACUUCACCACCAACCUGCUCUUGUUCCACAACAAUGUCGCGUCCUUGGAUAAGUUCCGGCUAUAUGCUGGUACUGGUCGUGCCUGUGCACUUCGCCUUCGGGACUUGGAUAGAUGGGUGCGACGUGGUAUCAAAUACCGCCCCCAAGUGAUCGAGAUUAUUAUCUCUUUGCGUCCUCGCAUUCAGUUUCCUCAUAUGGGAGCAAGUUCUUGCCGCCUUAAAAGGUUGCAUCUUAAUGGUUUCUAUCUGGACAACCAAUUCGCAGAGCUACUCUGUUUCGGGUGCCCUGUCCUGGAAGAUUUGGUGCUCAGGAGCUGCGACAAUGGUUUUCAAGAAAUUAAGUCAAGCACAUUGAAGAAGCUAGUCGUCGACUCCUGUGGCAAUCUCUCUGGUGAUCCGGUGGUUAUCGUGGCACCCCAUGUUGCAUAUCUCCAACUGGGUAUUUCAUAUGGAUGCUAUUCCAACGGUGUUUCAAUAUAUGAGACGGCUUCUCUUGUCAAAGCAUCGAUUCAUUUGCUUUGUCUUGGUGAAGCAUUCAAUUUGAAACAUCAACAACGGCUUCUCGGUAACCUGUGCAAUGUGCCAAAUCUGCAGCUAUCGGGUUUCCACGCAAUGGCGAUGCUCGUUGAGGAAUCGAUUAAAUUCCCAAUCUUUGCUAACCUGCAAACCUUGUCACUUGAACAAUGUUUGCUUGAUAAAUGUGAACUCGAUACCAAGCUGGACGCUUUAGGGAGCUUUGUUCAGAAUGCUCCUUGUUUGGAGAAGCUUACCUUGCAGUGCUGCAUGUUUCCAGUAGAAUCGGAGAAAGAGGGGCAGCUCGUGAGGAAAAACAUAAUUCUUCAGCGACAUGACCAAAAUACUUUCCUGUGCCCGAAGUUGAAGGUCAUAGAAGUUGUGUACGAGGAGGACCAUGAUCACCAACUGGUCGAACUUUCGUGGGGAAUUGGGAGGAGGCUACCAAAUGCCAAUAUCGUACUCAACAAUUAUUUUGUGGAUUAA